AUGAGCUUUGGCGGUAUUACGCCUCCGCCCACAUUCUUAUCCACUCCCGGCAAGCCUAACGUUCCAUGGACGCAAUGGAGACAACUUUUCUGCAAUUUCUUGGGAGCCUCAGGAGCUGAGGAAUUCACAUCAAAAAGGAAGAAGCAAAUCCUUCUACAUUACAUUCUGACCGUUGUGAGCCAGCCUGAUCAGAAGGACGUGACGGUCCACUCAUCUGAAUUAACAGAGGGAUCAGAGACUGAAGAUGACGAAUAUGAGAAGGAGCAUGAGGGACAUCAUUCUAAAUCCCAUGUGCAUCGAACGCUAAAUCCAGAGGAACGUCUCUUCCUGGGGGCGGAGUCAAGUCUGCGAGAGCUCCUGUCACAGUGUCCUUGUGGCAGCAGCGAUGCUGAAACAGACAUCACAACAAGGGGCACAUGGCUGAGAGCAGCAACAGCUUGCAGCUGUGGGAAACUGCGUACAUGGUCCAGCCGGCCUUGGGUGGAAGACAGGCCACUUGGAAACAUUCUGCUCUGUAGUGCGAUUCUGUUUUCUGGCGUGAACAUAACCAAGGCAUUUCGUAUGUUUGCCAUGAUGGAGGUGCCAACACUGACUUUGUCGCAGUACUUCAGAACACAGAAACAGCACCUCUUUCCUGUCGUGAAUGAUGUCUUCCUGAGCAGACAAGCUGAGCUACUGGACCGGCUCCGCCCAGUGCCCCUGACCCUUGCGGGAGAUAGCAGAUGUGAUUCGCCAGGCCACACAGCCCUCUAUGGCACUUACACACUGCUUGAGACAGUUGCCAAUAGGAUCAUCCACUUUGAAUUGUCGACAGAAGUCUCAAGCAGCAAUGCCAUGGAGGUACAUGGUCUACAGAACUGCCUGGCCUACCUUGAAGCACAUGACAUGGUUGUGGACACCAUAGUGACUGACCGCCACACUGCAAUAAAGUCCGUGUUAAGGGAAUUGUGUCCACACAUCAAACACCGUUUUGACGUGUGGCACGUUGCGAAAGGGAUCAAGAAAAAGCUUGUGUCUCUCAGCCACUCCACAAAGCACCACGUUGUGAAGUUCUGGAUAGAGAGCCUUAUCCGACACAUAUACUGGUGUCCAAAGUACAGCGGGGAAAGUGGUGACCUUUGUCUGGCGAAGUGGGUAUCGGCAGUGAACCACAUUGUCGAUGUCCAUGAGCAUCACAACCCACUGUACCCAGUUUGUUAUCAUGGCCCAGUUUCAGAACCACCAGAAUGGCUCAAAGAAGAUUAUGCGUCAACACUGAUUGCAGAGGUUCUGACUCGCAUUCAAGAACACCAUACGCAGUCAGCAGCUGCAGAAACUCGGCCAGCUCGUUCAGCAACAUAUGGCGAGAAUCCAACUCUUAGGCAAGCUGUGAACAACACCAAACACGGUUCCAGAAGGGAAAGUAGGCCAUGUCCACAGCGGCUGAGGACCACGGACAGCUGGCCAUCUUGCCAUAUGACAUCACAAACGGCCCUUUUCAGGGCCAUCCAAUGCUUUACGCAAAGACAAGCGUUGCUUCACAUGGGCAGUUCUGAGAAGACAGCAGCCUGGAAUCUACUGAAAUUGUGAACAACAGUAUCAUCACCAUCUGUGCAUACAUAUUAAAUACCACUGCAGCAUUUUGUUAUGCAAAAGAAAUAUUAAAACGAAAAACACAAAAGAAUUUAUAUUCGUGCUAUCCUGGA